AUGAGCUCCUCCUCCUCGGCGUCGGCCGUGCCGCCGGAGGACGACGUCUGCUCCGUCUGCCACGACCGCUUCCGGAUCCCGUGCCAGGCGAACUGCUCCCAUUGGUUCUGUGGCAAGUCCCUUCUCCUACUCUUCUUCCUCUCCCUACCUGGAGAGUGCAUCAUCCGUGUUUGGCAUCAUGGACCUGCUGUACAGGCUUGCAAGUGUCCCAUUUGUCGCCGCCUUAUAAAUUUACUGGUGCCUGCUGCUUUAUCAGAGCAGGAGGAUGAUCCACAAGCUCAUCGUAUUUUAGGAGAGAUUCAGCACUACAACUGUAUAUUUGGUGGAGCACCACGCAGCCUGACUCAGAGGUUGCAAGACCUGCCCUUCUUCAUCCGAAGACUGUUCAGAGAACUAAUGGAUCCCCAGCGGACUCUCCCACUUGUGUUCAGGGCGCGGAUGAUGAUGAUGGUCGCACUGAGUGCAAUUUAUGUGCUAAGCCCUGUCGACAUUCUUCCCGAAAGUGUGCUGGGGCUGUUUGGAUUCGUCGAUGACCUGCUCAUCCUGCUGAUCGUGUUCCUCCACCUCGCUGCCGUUUACCGGAUGUUGGCCAGAUCACCAGCACUGCCUUUGGUGACUGCUGAAACUCCUGCAUUUGGCUUAUUUAUUACAGCUCGCAAUGUCUCGAGUGCGCCGGCUGUGAAGCUUUCAGAUAACAAUUGCGGAGGAAGAUUGAAUGUCCGGCAGCAAAACAUCGAGCUUGGGAAAAGCCGUCGGGAAUGGCGGACGCUAUCAGCCGACCAAGCACAAGCUUCUGUCGUGGAUGUCAAUGAGGAGUGCAAACAAGUCCUCACUUCAUUGGAUUUCUCCAGCGAAGACGCCGAGAAGAUGCUGAAGAAGGCGUUUGGAUGGAUCCACUCGCCGUAUUGGAGCGAAGAGAGAAAGAAGGAGGUUCCAAAUGCCGAGGUGGUGACUGGAGUGUUGAACUACAUCAGGAGCCUUGGGCUAUCGGACGAAGACCUUCACAAGUUGCUGAAGAAGUUUCCGGAGGUUCUUGGGUGUGACCUUGACAGCGAGGUGAAGCUGAAUGUGAGCAAGCUGGACAAUGACUGGGGAAUAAAUGGGAAGACCCUGCGGAGCCUUCUCCUGAGGAAUCCAAAGGUUUUGGGCUACAAUAUUGACUGCAGAGGGGAUUGCAUGGCCCAGUGCACCCGCUGUUGGGUUCGGUUCUAA